AUGCCUCCCACAGAGGAUAAACGAAAAGCUGCGCGCGAAACCAUCGACAUCCUAUACGAGAUUUCUUCCUUGNNCUUGUACAACACCAACUUGGAUCGUCAAUCGCUGUCUUACUGUGUCUCGCUGAUUGAGAAUGGCGUGAACCCUGACGCUCUGGCCACCGUCAUCAAAGACCUCCGUGACCGCAACGGCGUUGCCACAGAGCCGCGUGAGAAGCAAUGA